CUGAUUGCCAUAAUUAUUAUUUUCUUUCUUUCCCCAAAAGAAAAAUAAUAAUAGGUACCUACGACAUCCGCUGUUCCGCGGUAAGUUAUAAUAUAAAUAUUACGUACACACACAUACGCGCGCGUGCACAUACGCAGUGCACAUACACGAAUUAAACUAUAACUAGUAUUAGUCCUUUAUCUAUUCCCCACGUUUUUCGUCUUUUCGUUGUUCUCAGAUAGACGGCUCCGUUUACUCAAUCGAAAAUCCAAACAUACGCACAGGUAUAUUCAGGUAUCUCGGUAGUGUAACACGUCGUCGAAAGGUAGCAGCUGUAUUCGCGCUGUCAUUUGCUCGUUCGUCCGGAUUCAGUCAUUCUGUUCGUGACUUCGCGUUACACACGGAUCAACAACAACGGACAACUGAAUAACAAAAUUCAUGAGGACCGUGUCUUCGUAGUCGUCUGUCAAAUUUGGUAGUCGCCGUACGCGUAUCUCGUUCGUAAUUCAUUUUGCAUUGUCGGAUAUGAUGUGACGACGUUCGCCCCUUCGUAUUUGCCUCCGAAGUCCCGUCCCAGCGGGCGGUCAUUCUGUAAAAACUUGUUCGUGUAUAUUGUGUGCUGUUAGCGUACCCAAGUGGUCAUCGUGAUACACGCACCGAUGCUUGGCCGACAAUGGCUUGCCUGAACGUGUUGAAACAAGAGAUCAAAGUGCUCGAGUCAACAUUUCCCAAAGACCAUGACCGGUUUCAGAUACAUACCGCCACUGUCGACGAGGUGAUAUGCAAGUUCGUUGGACCGUCUGGCCGACCAUUCGAAAUCAUCGGUAACAUCACGGUAGUAAUCACUCUUUGUUUCUUUUCCUCUUAGAAUUAUCAUACUUGGUACCAAUAUUAACCAACAUUACUUUUAUUACGUUAAUUUUGCAGGAAACCUAUCCUGGUACUCCGCCUGUCUGGUUCGCUGACACUGACGACUGUAAAGUAACUAUCGCUAUCGAAAAGCUUGGUCAAACAACUGGGCAUAACAAUCAUGUAAGUACUGACUGUUGUAUUGAUUAAAUCAUUUCAAUGACCAAUGUUGAAUUAGGUAUAUCUAAUUUUGUAUAAUUAUCAUAUAAUAUAAAGUUGAGCAUAAUUUUAGUUUACCUACCGUGUAAUUUUUUUGGGAUUUUUUUAUUUUUUCAUUAUUUGUAUGUUUUGGCGUGUGCAUAAAGAAUUUAAAAAAAAAGUCUGACAAACCUAAUAAAGUACAGGUUUUCCUUUUUGCGUAUUUCUUAGUUAGAAUUUAACAUUUUCAAAUUUUUUUUUCCCAAAAUGUGUGCUUUUAGAUGCUUAAUCCAUUAGUAUAAUUAAAAUAUACCUGUCAUACUUACUUUUAGUUUUUGUACAUAAAAUAGAAUUUUUUUAUUAUUAUUAUUAUUUGUAGUUAUUGAUAUUUAGAUAACAAGGUUUUUUUUAUUGAAGUCUGAAUAAAUCUAUUCGAUUUAGUUAUAGUUAUUCGCGUUCAAACAUGAUGAUAUUGGGUUUCUAAUUUCACCUGUAUGCUUUUCACUUUUGCUUGUUGCUUACCCGAUGUGGUUUUGUACAACAAAUUGAGAGUUCUUUUCAUUUAAAAUUGUACAUGUGAGCACAGCAAAAUAUGGCACGUUUGAAUGUUUGAAACUCUAAAACUAAGCUAGAUAUAUUUAUUCUGACUUCAAUAAAAAAAACUUGUUAUUUAAAUAUCUUCUUCUUCUUCUUCUUCUUCUUUCUUGGUUUUGGCCAUUCAAGACCAUACCUCUAGAUAAACAUACUGCCACCUAUCCCUAUCCUCUGCUACUUCCUGCCAAUGACACUCCGGCUCCACUGUUUCAGUGUCUCUCCUUACGCAAUCCUCCCAUCUUAGACGCGGUCUUCCAAGAGGUCUCCUCCCUACUGGGUUUUCUUCUAUUACUCUUCUUAUUAAUGAGUCAUGUUUCCUCCAGGUAUGUCCAGCCCAAACUAGCCUUCUUUUUUUUAUUUCUUUCAGUAUAUCCGGUCAUUGAAAAAAAGAUUGCAGUUCUUCAUUAUGUAAUUUCCUCCAUUCAUUUGUGAGAACAUCAUAGUAUGCCCCAUAAAUUUUCCUGAGUACUUUUCUCUCAAAUACUGCAAUUCUUCGUUCUUCAGUCUUUCUCAGAGGCCAUGUUUCUGCUCCGUACAGGACAAUUGGCCUUAGCAAAGUUAAGUACAUUCUAAUUUUUAAAUUCUUAGAGAUUGCUCUUGAUCUAAAAAUUUUACUAAGUCCAAAGAAACAUUUACUAGCUGAUUGUAAUCUCAUUGAAAUUUCUGUUUUAAUGUCGUUAUCUUGAGUUAUAAUUGACCCUAAGUAUUUGAAUUGGUCCACUCUUUUAAAUUUGUAUUCUUCCACUUCAAUGAAUUCUUCUUGAACCUGAUUUCCAUUUCUCCGACUGACCACCAUGUACUUUGUUUUUUCUUCAUUAAUCCUUAGUACUACUUUCUCCGCAGCCUUUAUAAGUGAUUUCCCCAUUUUUAUUAUCAUCUCUCUACUCCUUCCCAUUAGAGAGAUUUCAUCCGCAUAUGCCAGAAUAUUAAUUGUCGAUCGACCUAAUUCAACCCCUUCACAUAAAUUGAUUUCUCUUACUAUCUUCUCCAACACUAAGUUAAAUAGUACAAGAGAAAGCGCAUCUCCUUGUCUUAAGCCUGUCACCACUUCCACUGAUUGUGACAACGUAUUUGCUAGCUUUACUUUAAUCUUUGUUCUAUUUAAACUUGCCUCUACAAGAUUAACUAGCUUUUUUGGAAACUUAAAUUCCCUAAGAAUAUUGAUUAAGCUUGCCCUGUGGAUAGAGUCGUAGGCUUUCUUGAAGUCCACAAAUAAUAUAUACACGUCUUUAUUGAACUCCCACAUUUUUGGAAGGGUCUGCCUAAUCUAAAUUUAAAUAUCAAUAACUGCAAAUAAUAAUAAUAAAACAAAUUCUAUUUUUGAUCACAUUUUGAUCACAAAAAUGCUAUUUUUUAAGGCCUAUAUACAACAACUUUAAAAGUAAGUAUGAUGAGUACGUUUUGAUUAUACCAAUCUUUAAUCAUCUAAAAAUUUACAUUUUUGGAAAAAAUAUUGUGUGGUACCUAAACUUGAAUUGUUACUAAAGUAUAUAGGCAUUUCUGUAUUUUUUGCAUUUUUUUUUUCGUUGUUUUACGUCAUUUUUUUCCCCAUUAACUAAUCUUAAAGUCAAAACAUGUUUUGUAUUAUCAUCAAUGAAAUUAACCCAAUUACUCAUAUUUAAUUGGAAUGGCUUAUACAUAUAACUUCCUUUUUUAUUAUUAUCAAAAUUGUUUAUACAUCUAUAUUCAUUUUUGUUUGAAAAUUAGUUAUUAGGUAAUAAAUAAUAUUUGAGGUAUAUUUAUAAUAAUUAUUAUUAUAUCCAGCCGAUUCAGAGAGGAGACACUAGAGUCAUCUCUCCCAAACCAUACUGUAGUAUAGUAUGUUUUUUUCUUGUAUUGUGGUAAAGUAUGCAUCAAUUUUCUUUGUUGCAAACCAUUUAGCUCAGUGACCUCAUUUUAAUUUUUUUUUAAUACACACGUGAUUAUGUAGGCUAUAAAUCUGCAUGGGCCUAUAAACAAAAAAAAAUAAAAAGAUCAUCAAUAAAAUAUUCCUAUAAAAUAAUAUUCAUGAAAAGGUCAUUAGUAUCCUAAUCUGGUAAUGUACAAGCCACUGUAUUUCAUUCCGGUUAAUUUAGGUAAUUUUUUAUUCAAAAUUUGACCAGAUUUUCUUAAAUUAAAUCUACCAAGCAGUUUCAAUUUUACUUUAACAAACAGUCCACGAAAUUUAAUUCAAUCAAUAGUUCAAGUAUUUAUUUGGAUUUUAGUAACAAAGAAAUUUGUUUAUAUUUUUUGAAAUUAAAAUAGAAUAUUAUUAGGUCAUAGAUUAAAAUAUUUUUAAAUAAUUUAAAAAUAAUAUAAAUUCAAAUUGGCUAUCGUUUUUACAUGCAUGAUUGAUAUAUACUUUUUUAGUUUUGUUGAAGAACUAAAAUUAUAAUCAAUGCUUGUAUUUUGCCACAGCUUGUAGUUAUUGAAAAGUGUAUGAAAGAAUAUACCUCCUAUGGAAAAAAGAGAAAAGCUAAAUUAUCUAUUGUUUUGUUCUUAAUAAUAAUUACAUAAUAAAAAAAAAAUAUAUCACUGUUUAAUUUAAUAACAAACCGGUAUCAAAACAAUAAUAUAGGUACUUCAUAAAUUCUUUGUUUAAUACAUUACAUUUUUUUAAAUAUAUAAAAUUGAAAUAGCUAUAUAUUUAUUGUUAGGAAUUAUUGAUCCUUAAGUCAGGUAAAAACUUGUAAGCCACCCAUAAAAAACCUAGCUUAAAGUUAGUUUAUACCCAUAACACAUUUAUAAAAUCAAUUUUUGUUAUUAAAACCACUUAAUCUAUUAGAUUGUCUUAUUAAUUCAUGUAUUGUUGCAAAUGGAUAAGUUUUUUAAUUUUAGUUUAAUUGUUUAAACAGCCUUAUAUAAUAGUGGUUAUAUAUUUUGAGUAUUUAUUUAUUUUUUGUUUAAUAUCUUUUAAAUACAGUUUCAAAAGUAAGAUUGAUUACCGCUCCUCAUAGCCUUAUCUAUUGUUUGACUCUUAGUCUCUAGAGAUCUUGGUUUAGCUCAUCUAUCUGUUUUUAUUUUUCAGUCAGCCUAGUGUUCUUUUUUCUUUUAGUUUCUUUUCUAGUGCAUAUUUUAUUAUGCUAUUCAAUGUCCAUAUAUGUCCUAGUAGGUUCAUUCGUCUUGGUUUAAGUGUAGAUUAAAAUCCACACUUAUUUCAGCAUUCGUUUUUAUUUCAUAUUCAUUUUUGUUCAAUAGGUUUUUAAUUUAUUAAUAUUAUAUUGUAUUUAAUUUCACUAUUAAACUAUUAAAAACAUUAACCUUUUUUUUUUUAUUGAUCAAACAUACAAGGUUGCUGAAUAAUUUAAAUACUAACACAUAAUCAUUAUAAAGUUUAAGUCAACUUUUAUCGAUUAUUUUUUAGGUUAUCAACCAAGUUGGAAUAUUGGUUAGUGAACUUUGUCGUUCAUACUGUUUAUCUGAACCGUCCGAGUUACAAAGACUGAUCCAAAUGCCUUCCAGUUCAGGAGCAUCAACUUCUACUUCUACCUCAUGUUCUAGUAGUAAGCUUAGUGAUGAGGAAGAUGAUGAUGACGAUGAUGAAGAAGAGGUUGAAGAAUAUAUUCAACUCGAAAUGGAAGAUCCUAUUCCCGAAUCUACUAAGAAACAAGUAAUACUUAAAAUGAUUUAUUCAUCAUUCAUCUAUUCAUUUAUUCAAUACCAUUCAAUAAUUAUUUUAAAAUAUAGGUUGAUGAAAUAGAAAUUCAACACUUGGAAACUUUAGAACGAUUACGCCAAAAUCAACGUCAGGAUUAUUUAAAAGGAGCUGUAACAGGAUCUGUUCAAGCUACCGAUCGUCUUAUGAAGGAGCUUAGAGAUAUAUACAGAUCUGAUAGUUUUAAAAAAGGUAAGAUUUUGAACUAAAAUGCAAUAAUUAUUGUUAAGAAAGCAUGUUAACUGCAUUAGUUGAUUGUCUUUGUUAAUAUAGGGAAUUUUUCCUUUUUUGAUAAAUUAAUAAAUUAAGUAAUGCCUUAAAUUCAUUUUUCAGCCCAUUUACAUUACUUACCUACCUGACAUAGUUUUGCACAAGAAAUGUAUGUUUAUUUUUUAUUGAAAUACUGGCAUGAACUCAUAAAGUGAGUAAUUGGAGCUAGUCGUAAGCCUUACAUUACAUUAAAUUCCUUCAAGCAGUAACAGGUUUGAACCUGUUGGUCAUAGGGUUAUAUCUACCUGUCUAGUUGGAGUAUUAGCCCAAUUUUUGUAAAAUGGUCUGCAAAUUUGUGUUUACUUCAAAACUAAAUUGACCUGAAAAAUUCUGAUUGUGCCAUCAUCACAGCAUCCAAAAACUCAUUGAUUGUAAAAAAAAAAAAAAAAAUUGAAAUUUGAGAGUGGGUAGGUAAAGUGAAUUCGUUCUAAAGUAUAGCUUACCUAGUUAGGCUUAUUUUAUAAGCGCCUCUAUUGAUAUUUAACUUUUGAGGCUUAAAACAAAUUUGUAUUAAAUGUAAUUUAAAUAUGUACUUAAAUUACUUACAAAUAUAGUUAAUACCUGUAAAGUUUUGAGUCCUAGUUAUGUUGUCUGUAUAAUAAAUACAAAUAGCAAGUUAAUUUGUCAUGUUUCAUUAAGUUAAAAGUUUAUGUAUUUAUCUUCUUCUUUUCUUUUAAAGGUCAUUAAUUAAGGCCCAUCACUACUCUACUGCUCUACACAGCUUUUCCUUCAUUCUUUUCUAUUUGCUGCUUUUUCCUCUAUGUUAUCGAUCUAAAGUGUUUGUAAGUUCUUAUUUAGAUCAUUUAUCCAUUGAUCUCUUACCUUCUGGCUUACAGUUCAGUGCAUCUCUGUUAUGUCAUUUGAUCUCCAUACAUGUCCAGCCAGCUUAUUUUUUUCUUUAAAUGUUUGUACUAUAUCUUCUUUUCCAUAAAGUUCUUUGAUAUUAUAUUUGAUCUUAUUUCAAAUUCUCCUAUUUGAUCAUUUUUCUUUAGUUCAAAAAUAUGCCGAAAUUAUCUUUUUAGAAUUCUCAUAUUUAUCUUGGUAUCUUAUCAUGCCAUGUUUUACAUGUGUAAAAAAUUACUGGUUUUGCUAAAACCUUGUAUAAUUGCUUUUUUGAUUUUUUAAUAGUUAUUUAGAUUUGAAUGUUUUCUGUAGUGCAAAAUAACUUUGUUUUUCAGCGUUGAUCUAUAACAUUAUUUCUUCAUGACAAUCAUUUUAGCUAUUUAUUUCAACUUCUAGGUAUUUGUAACUUUCUAUCUUCAAAUCAAUAAUUCUAAAUCAUUAUGUUUCUAGUUGAUUAUCUCUUGUUAGAUUAUUUAGUUUAUCCUUUAUUGAUCAUUGACUAAUGUCCUAUUCCUAGUUUUUUAGUAGUAUUUUUAUACUUUCUUUUCUUGAUCCAAGUAUAACUAUCAUCAGCAUGGGCCACUAAGUUAUACAUUUUCCCAUUAAAACUUGCACCAUUCACUGUUUAUCGGACUUUUCUGAUGACUUCCUUUAGAAUGAUGUUAAAUAGUAUUGGUAACAAGACAUUUCCUAGCUUCAGUUCUACCGUCACUUCACAUUCUUCUGAUAGACAAUUUCCAAAUUUGAUUUUACAUCUAUCCAUUCUGACUAAUUUUAAUGGGAUUCCUAAACUUUCCGUGCUUUUAAACAAUAAUUUCCACAAUUGAUCGUAUAUAUGCUUAAAGUCAAUAAAUAAUAAGUGUAGUGGUUUAUUUUACUCUUAAUACUUUUCUAAUAAUUGUUUUGACAUAAGCACAUGAUCAGUUGUGGAUUUCUCUGGUUUAAAACUGUAUUGGUGUUCGCCUACAAUUUCUUUCCAUAUGGCUUAAAUCUGUUUUGAAUACAUGUAUAAUGUUUUGAUAAUACUUUUUAAGCCGUGUUGAAUAUACCCAUUUCAUUGAAUUAGUAUUUAGUCUUUGUGGCUUAUGAGACCAAAUCUGUCUUCUAUUAUUUUUAUAGUUUUUUUCUUUUUGUUCAGUGUUCUUAAUACUCUUGAUUUAUGUUACUCACUUUAUCUUUUAAUUCUUUUCUGUAUUAAUUUGAAAUCUAGUCAUCCUUUAAUUUGUCUACAUUGAACUUGCAGAAGAGUUCUUUUAUGGUUCCAUCUGGUGGGUAGUUUUAUACUUAGAUGAAGUUAUAGGGGACUAUAAAUUCAUCUGUCACAGUGUGUCUACCUAGUUUUUUGUGUGUCCACAAAAUGAGAUCCUUGUUUGUUUAUGUAAUGCUUUGUGGGGGAAAAUUUGAGCUACUUAUAGUUCUACUUUUUUACAUUGUAGAAAAUAUCAAUUUAUUCCCAUUAUUAUUAGAUUCAUGGAGGCUCUGAUCCUUUAUUGUAAGUUUGAAUAUUUGCAGAAUACUUGUUGUGAGUUUGGUCUCAUUUUAUAGAAAAUGGUUAUACAUUCCAUGUUCUUAAACUAACUAAAUUCUUCAUUUUGUUUUUUAUUUUUUAUCUUUUAACAGUGCUUUACCCUGUUUUGUUUCGGAAUCGCACAUUUAUUAUGAGUCUGAUGAUUAGCCCUAUUUUAACCUCUAAUAAUGGAGGACCCGACUUUUGGAAGAAUUCUCCUAUCUCCUUAAUGAAAUCAUUCACUUGCAACUUUUCACCAGUAGAUGGGAGCACCACUUUCCCCGUUUGCCACUGUUUAUACACUUAUUGUAUAAAAUUAUAAUCAUUUUUAAACUUAAAUUAAAAAUAUUAUUAUAAACACUUUUAUUUUAUUUUUAGGAAUGUAUAGUGUGGAACUUGUUUGUGACAGUAUCUAUGAGUGGAAUAUUAAACUAAUGACAGUUGAUCCAGAUUCUGCGCUAUAUCACGAUUUACAAAAACUAAAGGAGAAAGAAGGAAAAGACUUUGUGCUACUUAAUAUAACAUUCAAAGAGACUUAUCCCUUUGAACCACCAUUCGUGCGUGUAGUUCAUCCCAUUAUACAAGGUGGCUACGUCUUGGUUGGUGGUGCCAUAUGUAUGGAAUUGCUAACCAAACAAGGGUGGAGUUCGGCUUAUACUGUAGAAGCUGUAAUUAUGCAAAUUUCAGCUACUUUGGUUAAAGGAAAAGCUAGAAUCCAGUUUGGCAUGCCGAAAACUAUGAACCAGGUAUCCCCAAUAUCAACAUAUCCAGUAGUAUGUUCAAUUUUCUUUAAUAUUUACCAUUUUAUAACAUUUGUUAUAAAAUGUUAAUGAAAAUUAUCUUAUACCAGUGGUGGAUGCAAUCCAAGUGAGGAGAAUGGUCCUCCCUCACUUUUGUUUUCUCUCCAAAAAUAUUCAUAACUUAAAUAUAAACUGAAUUUAUUUUUAUCAUAAUUAUGUGCCUUAAAUAAUAUUUCAAAAUCACCCCACCAUUAUUUUGUUCUAGAUCCGCCACUGUCCUAUACAAUUAUUUAAUAUUAUAUAAUUAAAAAUGUUUUUAACAUCUUAGGGUCAGUAUUCAUUAGCCAGAGCACAGCAAUCAUUUAAAUCUCUUGUGCAAAUACACGAAAAAAAUGGUAAUUAAUUUAUUCAAGCCUUUUAAAUAUAGUGUUUAUUAUUUCUAAAAAAAAUUUCGAAGUUAUAUUUAGUAAUAAUUUUGAUUUGAAAUAUUUUAUUUUUCAGGUUGGUUUACCCCUCCUAAAGAAGAUGGUUAAACCAUGGCUUUACACUAUCAUAAAUUCUCAUUCCUCGAAAAAAAAAAAACCAAACGUAUAAUCACAUGUCUCAUUUGUAAAAAGAAAACGUUGAUCUUUUUUUAUUUACAAAGUAAUAUUCACAUUCAUUAUAUUAUUUAGUUAUUUUAUAUAACUUUUUACUUAUUAAUUUGGUGACCUGAUUCUAUCCUAAGUACAAUCCUUCACAAAGGGGGGUUUUUGAUCCGUGACAUUACUUUCAUAAGUCUACCAGAGAUACGCAUUGGUUUUUUUUUUUAAAUUUUAUUAUGGUUCUUUUUA